UGCCAACCGCCGGUAAUCCUGAAAGAAGAAGAAGAAGAGAAGCUUCCGCUCACUGCAGGAAAUGAUGCUCGCGCUUUUGAACGCGUUUAUUGAGUGAUAGACGUGAAUAUAAUAAGUGAUUGAGGCGAAUAUUAUAUAUCUGAAGUGAUUGAGGUGAAGCGGACCGUCUGCAGUCAUGGGCCGGCGCUCCACCUCCUCCACCAAGAGUGGGAAGUUCAUGAAUCCCACCGAUCAGGCCAGGAAGGAGGCCCGCAAGAGAGAGCUGAAGAAGAACAAGAAGCAGAGGAUGAUGGUUCGAGCAGCAGUGCUGAAGAUGAAGGACCCACGUCAGAUCAUCAAAGAUAUGGAGAAACUUGAUGAGAUGGAGUUCAAUCCGGUGCAGCAGCCGCUGCUGAAUGAGAAAGUUCUGCGUGACAAACGGAAGAAGCUGCGGGAGACGUUCGAGCGGAUCGUGCGUCUGUACGAGCGAGAGAAUCCAGAGACGUACAAAGAGCUGCGCAAGCUGGAGGUGGAGUACGAGACCAAGAGAGGACAGCUGUCACUCUACUUCGACUCCGUCAAGAACGCUGAGUCCGUGGAGGUGGACAGUAUUCCUCUUCCAGACAUGCCUCAUGCUCCAUCCAGCAUCCUCAUCCAGGACAUUCCCCUCCCUGGAGCUCAGCCGCCCUCCAUCCUGAAGAAGAGCUCUGCCCUCGGGAAGGGCUCAACACUGUCAGCGGCUGCUCUAGCUGGAGUCCCUCGCCUGCCACCGGGACGCAAACCCCCUGGACCCCCGCCGGGGCCACCUCCACCACAGGUCCUGCAGCUGUACGCUAACAUCCGCCGCACAGAGGGCGGCGGUUCAGACUCCGAGAUGAUGGACACCGGAGGGCGAGACAGCGACAGCGAGGCAGAUGAUGACAGUGACUCACAGGACGACAGCGACGCAGAAAGAGAUGAUGCUGAUGCUGAUGGCAGAAUGACAUCAGAUCGCCAUGAUGACAGGGACGAGGAUAAACACACAGGUCGCAGCGUGCGAUUCGCUGACAUGCCGCCACUCAAAGAGAAGAGGAAGAGGAGGGUGAAGACGACGAAGAGCAUCACACCACUGCAGGCUAUGAUGCUCCGGAUGGCAGGUCAGUCUAUCCCAGAGGAUGAGGAGGAGGAAGAGGAUGAAGAGGAGUACACAGACUCAGAGGAGUCGGAUGCUGAGGAUCAGGUCUCCACUGAAGCCACUCAGUCAUUGGUCAAUCCCAGACUUCCUGUUCCAUCUGCACCAAUGGCAGCACAGCAGCAGCCUCCUCCACACAUGCAGGCUCCACCAAUCACAGGGCCUCCUCCUUUAGGACCGCCUCCUGCUCCUCCAAUGAGGCCGCCAGGACCGCCGUCAGGCCCGCCCCCAGGACCGCCUCCCGGUGCUCCUCCGUUCCUGAGACCCCCUGGACUCCCUGCGGCCCUCAGGGGCCCCAUACCACGCAUGCUGCCCCCGGGGCCCCCACCGGGACGCCCACCUGGACCCCCGCCCGGACCCCCCCCGGGUCUGCCCCCAGGACCCCCCCCCAGAGGACCCCCACCACGCCUGCCGCCUCCGGCCCCCCCAGGAAUGCCCCCGCCCCCUCCGCCCCGUAUGGCUCCGCCCCUCUCUAUGUUCCCGCCUCCGCUCAAUCCCAACGUGCUCAGCGCUCCGCCCAGCAUCCGACAGAAGUCGCCCGCGGCGACGGGCUCCUCCAGUGACUCCACCCCUCUGGCCCCGCCUGCCCGAGGCUCCGCCCACCAGAUGCCACCGCCCCCUGGCACCACGGCCACCAUCGAGAAGCGGGCCACAGUCUCGGGCCCCGGGGCGUCCUCUGCCCCACCAGGUGGAGCCACCAUCUCAGCCAAGCCUCAGAUCAUCAACCCCAAGACGGAGGUGACGCGUUUCGUGCCCACAGCGCUCCGUGUGCGCAGGGACCGGGCCCCGGGCCGCAGAGACGAGGAGCCGCCCAAACCAGCAGCUGCGGCCAGACCCCUGCAGCCUCCCGGAGCCGCGCCGCCUGGCAUCAAGACCAAGGACCAGAUGUACGAGGCCUUCAUGCGAGAGAUGGAGGGGCUGCUGUGAGCUCCUGCACAUUCGCCAGAUUGUGUUUUAUCUUUAGAUGUGAAUAAACGCUAGAUGUCAAACUCU